GGCAGGAAAGAGAUUCGCGCUCAAAAUCUUUUGACUCUAUCCGCUCUCCGUAGCGCCUUAGCCCGCUGGAGUUUCAAUGCGCGUUGUUGUUUGACGAAGCUGAGUCUUAUACACCGCCCGCUGCUUUCCUGAUCAUGGCUUCUUCGAGUUCCUUCACCUACUAUUGCCCUCCAUCUUCCUCCCCUGUCUGGUCAGAGCCGCUGUACAGUCUGAGGCCCGAGCACGCGCGGGAGCGGUUGCAGGACGACUCGGUGGAGACAGUCACGUCCAUGGAACAGGCAAAAGUAGAAGAAAAGAUCCAAGAGGUCUUCAGUUCUUACAAGCUCAACCACCUUGUACCAAGGCUUAUUUUGCAGAGGGAGAAGCACUUCCAUUAUCUGAAAAGAGGCCUCCGACAUCUGACAGAUGCCUAUGAGUGUCUGGAUGCCAGCCGCCCAUGGCUCUGCUAUUGGAUCCUGCACAGCUUGGAACUGCUGGAUGAGCCCAUCCCCCAGAUGGUGGCCACAGACGUGUGUCGGUUCCUGGAGCUGUGUCAAAGCCCAGAAGGUGGCUUUGGAGGGGGCCCUGGCCAGUACCCACACCUCGCACCCACGUACGCAGCAGUCAAUGCACUGUGCAUCAUUGGCACCGAGGAGGCCUAUGACGUCAUUAACAGAGAGAAGCUUCUCCAGUAUUUGUACUCACUGAAGCAGCCCGAUGGCUCUUUUCUCAUGCACGUUGGAGGUGAGGUGGAUGUGAGAAGUGCAUACUGUGCCGCCUCGGUAGCUUCUCUGACCAACAUCAUCACUCCAGACCUGUUUGAGGGCACUGCCGAAUGGAUAGCAAGGUGUCAGAACUGGGAAGGUGGGAUUGGCGGGGUGCCGGGCAUGGAAGCCCAUGGAGGCUACACUUUCUGUGGCCUGGCCGCACUGGUCAUUCUCAAGAAGGAACGCUCCUUGAACUUGAAGAGCUUAUUGCAAUGGGUGACGAGCCGGCAGAUGCGGUUUGAAGGUGGGUUUCAGGGCCGCUGCAACAAGCUGGUGGACGGCUGCUACUCCUUCUGGCAGGCAGGGCUCCUGCCCCUGCUGCACCGCGCGCUGCACGCCCAAGGUGACCCUGCCCUGAGCAUGAGCCGCUGGAUGUUUCAUCAGCAGGCUCUGCAGGAGUACAUUCUCAUGUGCUGCCAGUGCCCCACCGGGGGGCUCCUGGAUAAACCUGGCAAGUCGCGGGACUUCUACCACACCUGCUACUGCCUGAGCGGCCUGUCCAUAGCCCAGCACUUCGGCAGUGGAGCCAUGUUGCACGAUGUGGUCCUGGGUGUGCCGGAAAACGCCCUGCAGCCCACUCACCCUGUGUACAAUAUUGGACCAGAGAAGGUGAUCCAGGCCACCAUGCACUUUCUGCAGAAGCCAGUCCCAGGCUUCGAGGAGCACGAGGACAUGGGAACAGCAGAGCCUGCCACUGACUAGAGGACCUGGGGUCCUGUGGCUCUGUGUUUACUCACCUCCCCGGUCUGACCAAGGUUUAUACGUUUCAAUACAUACUGCAUUCUGGGUGCACAAGCCUUGGCCACUGUGGAACUUGGUUCUUUGUCCUUUCUUGUCAAACAAAACAAAACUGACGGCUCUUGGUUUAGAGAACACAGUGGCGUGGUUUAAAAAAAAAUCCUCUCCACUCCUGUCAAACCAAAAAUCUAUCAGCUGUGCUGCAUCUAAACCUGGCUCUGGCCUGGUCAGGGCUGGCUGGGACGGUGGGCACUGGGAGCAGCAGCCCCUCCCCGCAGCUCUCCAGUUCGCCUGGCAUGAUGGACCGAAUGACGUCCACGUGUACAGCAUCCAGAGCGGCCACUGCGAUCCCCACCUGCACCACCACUACGUCGCCAGGAAGGUGGCCUUCAGUGGGUGGAAAUAGAUCUGCUUCAUGGUGAGGCUGGGGCCUUGGGUCCCUCUAAAAUGAAUUCUGCAGAAAAAAAGCCAUGGUGGGACUUCAUUCAGAGGCGCCCGGGCGCUCACCUCCUGCCCUGGUCGCCUGCACAGGAAGGGAGCUGAGCCGGGGAGACCGGCCUCGGGAGUUUACAUCUCUUUCCCCCCACUCUGGGCGCAGACUGCACAGCUCCGAGGCCGGCCUGGUGCACAGGCAGGAUCUGCUUCAGCCCCAGGUGUGGUGACGUAGACCUGGGAAACCAAUUAUGAGUGGAAAACAAACCUCUAGUUCAACUCUGUGCCAGAGGAAGCAGCCCCAGUGCCCACCCCUCAGCCCACCCCAUCAUGUGCCCUAAAAACCCCUCUGAUGACCUCAAGGCAGCGCCUUCAGCCCGCGGCCAUUCUGUGUGUUACCAUCUUUCCUCCAGCUGACUCCCAGCCCGCCCUCCUCAAAGACAGUGCUGUCGUCUCUCACCCAGAGUAUUAAUACUACUAAGUCUCUCACCUUCAUUUCUGACUCAGGAUCCAUUCACAUCCUGCCCUCUCCAGGCUCACAGAACAAAGUCAAGAGCUGGAUGAGCGAGCUGCUGCUGAGGCCGUGGCUGCGUAAGCCUGGCCGGGGCAGGGCCAAGCGCUGCCCGUGGGUUCAGCCUGGCGGGGCCUCUGCGGCCCACUCAGAACCCUUUCUCAGCCAGUGGGCUGUUGAGCUGGGUCCCUGUCCUCUGCUGCAGUCACAGCAAGCUCCACGUCGCCGGCCUGGCCUUCUUGUAAGCAGCUGUGGGCUGUGGGCAGACGGGGGCCUGGAGAUGCAGCAGGAGGCUCUUCUCAAAAACUCUGGCCAUUUGCUGCCUCUGAUUCCCUAGUGCUUUGGUGUAUUGGGCUAUGUAUUACCUCCUUGAAAUAAUAAAAUAAUAACAUUUUCUAUGA